AUCGAGCAGAAGUCCCGCGUCAGGUUCAGCGGUGUGCUGAGCAACAUUCGGACGAUAGACGGACCCUGAGUCGACUGCGUUCUUCCUUACUGAUAUUAGCCAGUCGAACAUUGUCGAUCGCAUCGCUAAAUGAAAAGGGUUUAGGAGACAUUGCCAAUCUUCUUAAUGCUUUCUGAAGGUAACCAUCGACCUCGCGUUCAUCUGUGACACCCAUUUGACAGUAGAACAUGUUGAUUGGUAUCAGCAAAUGUAUGGCGAUAUCCAAGCAUUGCAGGUUAAACUCUCGGGCUGAUGUCCAUGCCCAUGUUCCACAGCUCUAUCCAAACGCCAUUGGCAAAUCGAGAGCCACGGCGACAUUCUGGGAUUCCUCGACCGACGAACGGUGUUAUAACAAUAUACUACGGACAACACGGGCACAACGUCCCAUUGCUGUGUCCUUGGCCGCAUUAGAUUCGAUUUUGAUCAUCACUACAAUCUUUCCGUGGAUGAAGAUGUGGUCGAAAUAUGAUGAGCUAUAUAUUGCCUAUUCGGACUUCCACCUCGAUCAGCCCUCUCUUGCACGGGCCUUACUCAAGGAGGAUUCCGUUGAUAUACCCGCUCUGAGCUCCGGUGCGGAGAGUCCACUGGCUAACUAGUCUUACUUCCACCCCAUGUGUGGUGGUGUCAAGGAGUGAUGAGAGAACAUUGAGGAAGCAUCUGACAGCUUGUCUCUACUGGAUCACAUUUCAUCCAGCGG